UCUCUCACUUCAUCUUCUUCCUCCUUGCUGUAACCCAUUUUGCUCAAAAGCAAGAAACCCAAACCCUAGCAUCCUGAAAUUCACCCAUUUUUCUAGCCUCACUUUCUACAUUGUAUGGUAUCUCUUCAUUAGAUUAAAGAGUGCUGUUUUUGUUGAGAGUGGAGGGUAAAACUCAUCUGAACAAACCCUAGGGACCUUCAAAAGAAGCUAAAGAAUCCAUCUUUAAUUGGUUUUAAAUUUUGGGUCUUUUUUUUUAAUUUUUCUCUAAAACCCCAAACCAUUACCAAAGGAAGAACCCCAUCAUUGAGUAGCAAAGUAAAACUCGGUUAUUUACAAUGCCAAACCGAAGACCCACUUUUUUCUCCUUCUCUGUUGCCUUUUGCUUCAUAGUUUUCUCCAAUGUAGCUUCAAAAUCAACAAUCGAGCCUUGUUCGAACUCCGAUUCCUGCAACGCCUUGUUGGGGUACACUCUCUACACAGAUUUGAAAGUGGCCGAGGUUGCUUCCCUCUUCCAGGUUGAUCCCAUUGCGGUCCUCACCGCCAACGCCAUCGAUAUCUCUUACCCCGACGUCGAAAACCACAUCCUUCCUUCCCGGCUCUUCCUCAAGAUCCCCAUCCAGUGUUCCUGUGUUGACGGGAUUCGAAAAUCCGUUUCCACCAAGUACAAAACUCGCCCGCAGGACACGCUUUCGUCGAUUGCCGAUUCGAUUUAUGCCGGUUUGGUGUCGGCUGAUCAGAUUAGGGAGGCCAACUCCAUUGCUGAUCCUUCUGUUCUUGAUGUGGGGGAGAACCUUGUGGUUCCUUUGCCGUGUACUUGUUUUAAUGGUACUGAUAAUGGACUGCCCGCCAUUUAUUUGUCGUAUGUGGUGAAGCCAGUGGAUACUUUGGCUGGAAUUGCAGCUAUUUAUUCCACUACGAUCACGGAUUUAAUGAAUGUUAAUGCUAUGGGGACUACUUCUAUUAAGGAUGGUGAUAUUCUAGCUGUUCCUUUAUCAGCUUGUGCUUCAAAUUUUCCCAAAUAUGCCUCAGAUUAUGGAUUGAUUGUUCCUAAUGGGAGCUAUGCUAUAACUGCUAGCCACUGUGUCCAGUGCAGCUGUGGGCCCGGGAGUCGCAAUUUGUACUGUAUGCCUUCUUCGUUGGCUGUUUCAUGUUCAAGCAUGCAAUGUAAAGGAAGCAAUCUUAAGCUGGGGAACGUUACAGUGCAGCAAAGUAGUGCUGGAUGCAACGUUACUUCUUGUGCUUACGGUGGUUAUGCGAAUGGCACCAUUAUCAAUUUGUUGUCAUCCUCUCUUCAACCUCGCUGUCCAGGACUGCAGCAAUUUCCUACCCUCGUAGCCCCGCCUACUUAUGUACCUGAUUCGGCUUUUGCCCCAGCACCUUCACCUCAGUUGGAUGGUUCCACGACAACAACUGUUCCCAAGACUUCGACAGUGCCAUCUACUGGGUCACUUCCAGGUUUUGGCCCAGCAGGUGCCCCACUGGGAAGUAUGUCUGAUGCCUCCACAUUGGUGAAUUCGGUCUCUACCCUUCCUGCUGCACUUGUGACAUGCUUGCUUAUCAAACUAAUCUCACCGGUCUCGUUGUAAUUUUGGUCGUCUCUGUUUUGAAGGCUUGUUGCUUUUUGAUCUGUCCAGGGUUUGUCUGUUGUCUGUAGCUUUAUCCAUGACUGCAUUUACAUUCUUGUUGUUAGCUUUCAAAUUGCACUAUUGAUUUUUACUUUGAUUUCUGAUCAUUCAGUGCAAUUGAUGGGCAGUUGCCUUUUUCCCUUCAUU